AUGGGCAUCCCAGGGAGGAGCAGGGAGCGGGGCGCAGGCACCCCCGGGCACCGGCACCCCCGGGCACUGCAGGGAUCGGCACCCUGAGGAGCAGCGGGCAACCGGGGCACCGGCAUCCUGGGGUGGAACCAGCUCCCGCUCUGCUGAUCAUGGUCAACAAGACCUUAAAUUACUGGGGUCCCGGUUUUGAGGAGGACGUUAUCAACAUCAAUGUGGGGGGUCUGAGAAGGCGGCUCAGCUCCAGCGCCCUCUCCAAGUUCCCCGACACCCGCCUGGGACGCCUGCUCUCCUGCGACUCGGAGGAGUCCAUCCUGCAGCUCUGCGAUGACUACGACGUGAGCGCCAGGGAGUUCUACUUUGACCGAAACCCCGGCUUCUUCCUCUACGUGCUCCACUUCUACCAGACGGGGAAGCUGCACGUCAUGGAGGAGCUGUGCGUCUUCUCCUUCUGCCAGGAGAUCGAGUACUGGGGCAUCAACGAGUUCUUCCUGGACUCCUGCUGCAGCUACCGCUACCAUGAGCGCAAGCUGGAGAGCCGGCACCACAACUGGGAUGAGGAGAGCGAGGUCAGCAGCGUGGACACGUCCCCCGAUGAGAUCUCUGACAUCAACCACGACCUGCUGCGCUACAGCACGCUGCGCUGCGGCAACGUGCGCAAACGCCUCUGGCUCACCAUGGAGAACCCCGGCUACUCCAUCCCCAGCAAGCUCUUCAGCUUCGUGUCCAUCAGCGUGGUGCUGGUUUCCAUAGCCACCAUGUGCAUCCAUAGCAUGCCCGAGUACCAGGAUGUGGAUGAGAACGGCAACGUGCUCGACGAACCGGUCCUGCACAAGCUGGAGUAUUUCUGCAUCUCCUGGUUCACCUUCGAAGUGUCUUCCCGUCUCCUGCUUUCCCCCAACCCCAGAAAGUUCUUCAAGCACCCGCUGAACAUAAUUGACAUUGUCUCGGUGUUGCCCUUCUACUUCACCCUCUUGGUGGACGUGACCAUGGGCAGUGACUCGGAGCUGGGCAACCUCGGGAAGGUGGUGCAGGUGUUUCGGCUCAUGAGGAUAUUCCGGGUGCUGAAGCUGGCUCGGCACUCCACCGGACUGAGGUCACUGGGGGCCACCUUGAAGCACAGUUACAGGGAGGUGGGCAUCCUGCUGCUCUACCUGGCUGUGGGGGUCUCUGUCUUCUCCGGCGUGGCCUACACGGCUGAGAAGGAGGAAGACGUUGGCUUUGACACCAUCCCGGCGUGCUGGUGGUGGGGCACGGUCAGCAUGACCACCGUGGGCUACGGCGACGUGGUGCCCGUCACGGUGGCGGGCAAGCUGGCCGCCUCGGGCUGCAUCCUGGGGGGCAUCCUGGUCGUGGCACUGCCCAUCACCAUCAUCUUCAACAAGUUCUCCCACUUCUACCGCAAGCAGAAGGCGCUGGAGGCGGCCGUGAGGAACAGCGGGAAGAAAGACCCUGAGGAGGUGGAGAGCGUCUCCAGCCGCGACCGGGACUCGGAGGCUCUGAGCGAGACCUCCCUGGGCAGAGGCAGCCCCGACCGCCGCGGUCUGACCCCCGGUGCCCACCCCACACCCUGACCCCACUGUGCCGUUGCACCGGGGCAUGCACGGGACCCACAAGUAUGGGCUGUGGCACCGGGACACGGCGGAGGAGCCAGGCUCUCCCCAUCUGGCACCACGCCUGGCAUCAUCCCUGCCCUGCCAAGGACAGGAGGGGUUGGAGGAGAUGCCCAGCGGGUGCUGGCUGCUUCCAGCCCCUGGGAACGCAGCGGCUGGGUCCUCCUGGACAUGUUUCAGCCUUCACCUGGCCAUGGCCCUGCUCCCCCCUGGCUGCAGACGGAGGCCGCGGCGCUGGACAUACCCCUGCCAGAAAGGGAGUGAGGAAAACAGAAACACAGGUGACCCCCGAUCAGGCACUGCCACAGCUGCGUGAAGGGGGAUCUGCCUCUGCCCUGAGCUUUAGUGUUGUCCAGGGUGAGUUUAAGUAGCCUGAGGGUGAUGCAGCCCCCAACCAGGCUGGUUGCCCUUGCCGGUCCUGUGCCAGGUCAGCAUCAACUCCAGCCCCAAACCUUGGAAACAGCCUCGAAAGGCCCCACUGGCUGUGGGGCAAAAUGGGAUGGAAAUCAGUCUGCAUGGAAGGACAUGUGGUGUCCAGCCCAGGGUGAGCCCCACUGUCCCCAGCCCCUGCAGUGGGACCGGCUGGACCUCACCUUCCUCCCAUUGCAGGUGGGGUUUAACUGCUCUCCUGCACUGCUGCCCGUGGGACCCCCAGGGAUGUGGGUCUGGGGUUGUGCUGGGAUCGUGGCACAGCUGGGAGCACUGGGGGAGACCCGCAGGGAAUGACGGGGCAAAAGGGACCCCGUCCUCCAAGGCAGGAGCAGCCAGAGGGGAUGAGGCUGGGGGAACUGAGGGGCCACCCCCAGUAGGGAUCUCCCCGCCAAGUCCUUUGCUCCGUGGGGCUCCGAAGCCACGGGGGCAUUGGUUUUGGAGGAGCCAAACCAUCCCCCGGGGCAGAGAGGAGGCAGAGACCCUGCAAAGGGCUGUCAGGGAGCAGACAUGGGGCGCACGCUCCUGGGCAUGGAGCCUCUGCCACUGCUGUGUGUUUAUGAUUUCCACCAUGGGAAGAGCUGCCGGGGAGCCCCAGGGCUGCAGCAGCCCGUGAUGGGAUGGAGGAGAUGACCAAAGCCAUCUGGGUUGGGUACAUGCCCCAGUCCCCCUCGCCACAACCCCCAGUCCAGCUUCGCUCUGCUGCCUCAUCUCUCCCUGCCUUGGGGCCAGGCAGGGGCAGGAGGGGGGUCACACUGCCCCGGGCAUCACCAAUGUCCCCACAGGGAGCCGAGCUCCCCGGGUGCCAAUGCACUCACCUUCCCUCCGUGGGGGGGGAGCACCCCCCGUGUCUGUGGGAGAGCCAGGGCAGGGGGGACCUUGCACUGCUCCUCGUCACCGCAGCCUCUGAGCACCUCACAGCCGGGCAGGGGGGUCUGGCACUCCCACCCGGAUCCCUGACCAGCUGAGCACGUUUGGGGCUGUUCCCAGCACAGCAUUAAUUCCCCAUGGAGUUUUUCCUUGCCCCCCAGUUCUCUGUUUGGAAACCGUGCAGCAUCUUUGUGCACAGAAGAAUGCACCCAGCCAUGCCCCUUCCGAGCAGGAGGAACCCUGCAGUCACCUCAUGGGCUCAAAAAGAGGUUGAUGGCAGGAGGAUGGCCCCAGGCACCUGAAGGGUGGUCUCGUGCUGGUUGUCCCAGCUGGCUUUCAGUUGUCUCUGCAGUUGCUGGCACCGGCUCUGCCCGUAGUCACCUGCUGAUCAUGGGGAAGAAAAGACAAACCAGCACCAGUGCCGUCGGUUCAGCCUUUCUGAACCUCACCGGGACUCGGGGAGGGGUCCCCAGGGAACGGGGGGUGUGGGAUGGGAGGGUGCUCAAGCUCCUGGCAUCAUUGAGUCUUCCAGUAUGGAUGGUCUGUGGUCCCCUCUGCGCUCCUUCCCACUGCGAGCAGGGACCGGCGAGCUCCAUCCCCCGCUCCCGCCAGCUCCCGCUGUUACUUGAAUAAAGGAAGGAGUUUCCCCUUCUCUGCAUAAGUAUUCCAGUAGCAAAGUAUAUUAAAAUGUGAAGACUGAAUUACAUGUAUUAAUUAAAAAGCAUUAUGCAAAUAAUGAAAAGAGCAUGUAAAUUAAUUUUCUAUCUAUGCAUGGGAUGCAUACUGUAUAUUUUAUUAAAGACCUCAGUGACCCGC